AUGAAUGGUAAUCAUCUAUUCGUAAUAAUUAUUAUUGUUGGUUUUUCAUUUACAUAUUCGACUGUCAUUAAUCUCAACUCAAAUAAACAGUCGAAACAUUCAAGUAGAACAUGGGAUCAAGCCAUAGCUAUGGCUAAAGCAUUUGUUGCACAAUUAACAUUAGAAGAAAAGUGCAACAUGACAGCUGGUAUUAGAGGUCCAUGUGCUGGUCAUAUUUUUCCUGUGUCACAUCUGAAUUUUAAAGGACUCUGCUUUCAAGAUUCACCAUCUGGCGUUGGUGGUGGAGUUUUAUAUUCAACUGCCUUUGUACCUGGUAUACAUAUUGCAGCUAGUUGGGAUCAAGAUUUAUUCUAUAAACGUGGUGCUGCAAUAGGUAAAGAGUUUCAAGGUAAAGGAGUCAAUGUUAUUUUAGGUCCAAUGAUAAAUAUUGAUCGAAAUGCUCGACAUGGCCGAAAUUGGGAAGGAUUUGGUGCUGAUCCAUAUCUUUCUGGAGAAAAUUCAUUCUAUUAUAUUCAAGGUAUACAAGAUCAAGGUGUUAUUGCAACUGCCAAACAUUAUAUUUGUAAUGAACAAGAAACCAAUCGUUUCUUUGGUCUACCAGGUUUUCCAAAUCGAUCAGAUGCAAUUAAUGCCAAAGGUUAUUCAGUUAAUAUUGAUGACAAGACAAUACAUGAAAUUUAUCUUUGGCCAUUUGCAUCUAGUGUAGCUGCUGGUGUAGGUUCUGUUAUGUGUUCAUAUAAUCAAAUCAAUGGUACACAAGCUUGCCAAAAUGAUAAAAUAUUAAAUGGACUUUUGAAAGAAGAACUUCAAUUUUUGGGCAAUAUUAUGUCUGAUUGGUUUGCGAUAAAAACUGGCGUGAAAUCAGUUUUGGCUGGUUUAGAUGUAGAAAUGCCAGGUGGUGAUGGAUUCUUGGGUUUUUCACUUGUACAAGCUGUUAAAAAUAGAGUGAUUUCAGAAACAAGAAUUAAUGAUAUGAUUACUCGAAUUUUAGCACCUUAUUAUCUUCUCAAACAAGAUGAAGGAUAUCCAUCACUUGAUUUAGAUCGAGAUGUUAUGAGAGAUAAUUACAAGAUUAAUAGACAAAUUAGUAGUGCAGGCAUUAUUUUACUCAAAAAUAAAAACAAUGUUUUACCAUUUAAUGUUAAUAAAAAUAAAUACUUUUUUAUUUAUGGAGCAGCAGCAGGUCAAUCUAAUGAAGGUUCUAGUUUAAAUUUUUUUAUAGCUGCUUUGAAACCACCUACAGGUGCAUUAUAUCAAGGUGGAGGUUCUGGCUAUGUUGUUCCGACGUAUGCCAUUGAUCCUCUUAGUUCAUUUUUGAUCAAAGGUCGAGAUUCACAUCUUCAAAUACAAUAUAUCACUAAUCAAAGUGAUUACAAUGCUAUUAAUGAUUCAUUCAGUUUUCGUGGCUUUGCUAAUGCAACAUGUCUUGUUUUCAUUAGUGCUUGGUCGACAGAAGGAACAGAUAGAACGGAUCUUCAUGCUUUCAAUAAUGGUGAUAAACUUGUUCAAACUGUUGCUGCUCAUUGUGCUAACACUGUAGUCAUAAUUAAUAGUGUUUCACAACUUAAUAUUGAAGCAUGGAUUGAUCUUCCAAAUGUGGUCGGUGUUAUCUGGUCAGGUAUGCCUGGAUCUGAAUAUGGACCAGUUAUUGUCGAUGUUCUCUUUGGUGAUUAUAAUCCAGGAGGUAAACUUGUUUUUACAUUAGCUAAAAAUGAUUCUGAUUAUGGUACCGAUAUUAGUAAAACAGACAGUUCUAAUUAUAAUGAAGGUGUUUUCUUAGAUUAUCGGCAUUUUGAUAAAUAUAAUAUUGUACCUCGAUAUUAUUUCGGGUAUGGUCUCUCAUAUACAACUUUCUCCUUCUCUCAUCUUCAUAUUUCAAAAUGUGAAAAAGAAAAAUAUACUGUUUCAUCACAACAUCAACAACAUCGAAUGAGACCUUAUACUAAUAUUGUUGCUUCAAGAAUGUAUAUGCCUAUCUAUGAAAUAACAUUUACUGUCACUAAUACUGGUAAAGUCUAUGGUUCAGAAGUAUCUCAACUCUAUCUUGGAUUUCCAGCUACAGCACAACAACCACCAAAAGUAUUACGAGGUUUCGAAAGAGUGUACUUAGCACCAGGUAAAUCGAAACAAGUAUCAUUAGUAUUAACACAAAAGGAUAUUUCAUAUUGGAAUGUUAUUAAUCAAAAAUGGACUGUUGCUCCUGGUAUUUACACAGUUUGGAUUUCAACAUCUGCUAAUAAAGAUGACGUUAAACUUCAAAGCUUUUUUAAAAUUUAA